UAACCCCAGAUUUCGGCUCCUGAUACAUACACCAUUUUGUAGGGCAAGUUCAGCUCCUGAUACACGAAAAAAAAACCGACCCACACUCUGGACCUUCCUGAUACUGUGUCCACGCACAAAAAAUAAUCCGGCCCGUGCGCUAACCCACAUUGGCUCCUGAAAAAACAAAAGAAGUCAACGUUAAUAAAAGGUUCUCGUCUGCGCCCGUCCGGAAUGGACCGCGGCGACCGCAACGGCCGCAAGAGGCCCGCUGGGCCCGAACAAGGCGCCGCUCGGAGCAAACGGACUCGCCUCGCAGACCCAUCGCCACCGCCAACACGUCCCGUGAGCGCUCGUGCGGACGAACCUCUUUUUGGCCGCCUCAAUGCGGCUGCGACGGUUGAAGAGGCAGAGGAGCGGAGGAGAAUCGUAGCAUACCUGGCGGGGAAGCUGCCCACCAUUCAGUCCAUCAAUUCAGAGGAUGCCAAGCUCGUCAUCACAGCAGAGGGUGGCGGAAAGCGUACUACCGAAGAAGCAGAGUCCCCACCGCAUCCGUCGUACCAGACAACCCGUCGGCUAGGCGUGAUCCAUAACCGCACUGAGGAAUGGAGGUUCGUCGGUUGCGAGCUAUGCUUCGCGACUACAGGGCAGCGGGAGCCAGACCACGGACUGGAAGACUGUGAAAGAUGGGAGACCAGCGAAGCUGCGAGGCGCCUCCUUAAUUGGCUAGAGGGGCUCAACAUCCCUCGAUACUAUGGCCAGAGAGGUGCUUGUGCUAUAUGUGGGCAUGGCUGGGUCGUCUGCGAUGAGAUGCGGAAGGGGUUUCAACUCGAAGAGGCAGCGGGUCGCCGGCCCGAAGACCGCGCCCGACUCGCUGGACUCGCUGCUGCGUACGAUUCCGCCAAAGGACGCGACGGCUUCUGCGGGAAUCGGUCGGUAGUGCGCAGAAUGAUGGCGGCAUUGCUCACGUACGACGAUCAGAUCCUGGGGAAGGUCUUGACGAGGCUGGUUCUCGAUCAUUUUGGCGUGGACCUGGGCAUCGAAAAGGAGGCAAAGGCCUGGUUUGAGCAGCGAGUACGGUCGACUGACGGGUACUGGGUGCCGCGGCAGUUGCACGCACUUGACCUGUUGAUCUUGGCGUUCGACUGGCGGCUGGAGCAACGACGGUCACCCAAAGCGGCGACGGUGGGAACACCCGAGCUAGCGUGGGACAAUGGAGUGGAAGUGGAGAACUGGAGAGAGGCACUGAAUUGGCUACGUGGAAGGUGUUCCUUCUGUGCCGGGCGUGGUCUUGGUGAGGGCCAGAUCCGCCAUGCGCUCCGGCAGUGUCACCGCGGAGGCGCACAAAAGGUCCGCGAGGAUAUGGGAGACCUACUGUACGGAAGGGAUUACGAGCCUGCAGGUGGAUGCCGUGUUUGCCACUUGCCGAGAGACUUCUGCUCGAGGUGGGAGGACCAAGGCGGCGGACGUUGGAUGGAGCGCCAGAGUGGCGCAUGCAGCUACGACCGCAAUCUUCUGUACGACGGCAUCGUCGGGUUCUCGACCUGCGGGGUCGCAGCCUACAAGGAAGAGCUUCUCGAUCAGAUCGAUGCCUAUUUCAUGGACGAAGGAGAGGAUCCCCCAGGGUACUAUGACGAUGAGGCCGCCGUCUCUUGGCUCACCCAGCCGCUCUUAGUAGCAGGUGUCUGUGCAUCACAGAUGGUGCGUCAACUAGCAAUCUGGGUUCGGGCUUCAGAGGCAUUUUCAAGGCAUGUGGUGCCGCCGCCGGCCGGCGAGGGCCAUGGCGAAGGCCAGGGCCAGGGCGAGGGCGAGGACGAGGGCGAGAGCGAGACAGGGAGCAUAGGGGAGGCUUUCUGCGCUGAGUUCGAGGCGGCGGCGCGGGCCAUCAAGGAGAAGGACGCGGCGGCCGCGGCGUUGAUCAGCGACUAGUCGAGGUUUGUCGCAUCGCAGGUUGAGAAGGUCGGUUCGGCGGCGGUGAACUACAUCGGGCGGCGGGAGGCGGGCAAGCGAGGCGAUCAUCGUGUGGGCGGUGCGGUACGACCGGCGCGGGAGGCUGAUGGAUGAAACGGCGGAGCAGACGGGGAGCCGCGGGAUUCCGUGACAAUAUAGAAAGUGGCCAUUUGGACAGCAUUCCGGAACCACCACCAUGGACAUCGCGCCGUUCGUUCGUUUACGUGAAUACCCGUUUGUCAUAUGCAAGGAGUGCCGGUUCGCAUGUAUCGCAGACGAGGUCGCCAGUCAUUUAAAUCGGCACCAUCGUUCGAUAGGAUCCA